UACGGCCACCUCUCCUCCUCCUCGGCCAUGCGAACCCGCCUGGCCCGCCGUGGCUGCGCGCUUUUAGGCUUGUUGUGCGCGGCGGCUUUGCUGGCACUCCAGCUGCCUCUCUCUCUGUCUCCUUUCGGGGCGCCCACGGGCGCCCGAGCCGGAAGAAGAGCGACCCCCGGGAGUCUUGCCUCCCCGGGGCCCGAGCAACUUUCCCAACCGGUCCAGCCCAAGCCCCCUCCAGAUCCCUCAGCGCCAGGAGAAUGGGGCAAGGCCUCCCACCUGAGCUUGGAUGGGGAACAGAAGCGCCAGGAGGAAAGCUUGCUGGAGCGCUACGCCAUCAACAUCUAUGUGAGCGACCGCAUCUCCCUCCACCGUCACAUCAAGGAUGGGCGGAUGCCCGAGUGCCGAGCCAAGGUCUACGAGUACCGCCAUCUGCCCACCACCUCAGUGGUCAUCGCCUUUUACAACGAGGCCUGGUCCACCCUCCUGCGGACGGUCCACAGCGUCCUGGAAACCAGCCCAGCCGUUGUCCUCAAAGAGGUCAUCCUGGUGGAUGACCUCAGCGACCGGGCGUACCUGAAGGCCCAGCUGGAGGCCUACCUCAGCCGCCUGCCCAGGGUGCGGCUGAUCCGCACCCAGAAGCGGGAAGGGCUGGUGCGGGCCCGGCUGAUCGGCGCCACCUUCGCCACCGGUGAAGUCCUCACCUUCCUGGAUUGCCACUGCGAGUGCGUCCCCGGGUGGCUGGAGCCCUUGCUGGAACGCAUCGCCCAGAACGAUUCCGUCGUCAUCUGCCCAGUCAUCGACACUAUCGAUUGGAACACUUUCGAGUUUUACAUGCAGUCCGGUGAGCCCAUGAUCGGUGGCUUUGACUGGCGUCUCACCUUCCAGUGGCAGGUGGUGCCCGACUACGAGCGGCGACGCCGGAAGUCCAAAGUGGACUCCAUCCGCUCGCCCACCAUGGCCGGCGGCCUGUUUGCCGUCAGCAGAAAAUACUUCGAGUAUCUCGGCACGUAUGACACUGGGAUGGAUGUCUGGGGUGGGGAGAACUUGGAGCUCUCUUUCCGCGUCUGGCAGUGUGGCGGCGUCUUGGAAAUCCAUCCGUGUUCCCAUGUCGGGCACGUCUUUCCGAAACGGGCCCCGUACGCCAGGCCUAACUUUCUACAGAACACCGCCCGAGCCGCCGAAGUCUGGAUGGACCACUACAAAGAACAUUUCUACAAUCGGAAUCCUCCAGCACGGAAGGAGAACUUUGGCGAUCUCUCCGAACGGAAAGUCUUACGGCAGCGUCUGCAGUGUAAGGAUUUCGACUGGUACUUAAAAACCGUCUUCCCCAAUUUACAUGUCCCAGAGGAUCGGCCCGGCUGGCACGGCGCCAUCCACAACCUGGGCAUCUCGUCCGAAUGUUUGGAUUACAACUCACCGGAACACAAUCCCACCGGGGCCCACGUGAGCCUUUUCGGAUGCCACGGCCAAGGCGGCAACCAGUUCUUUGAAUACACCUCCAAUCUGGAAAUCCGUUUCAACUCGGUGACUGAACUCUGCGCCGAAGUGCCGGAGCAGAAGGAUUUUGUCGGCAUGAGAAAUUGUCCGAAAGAUAAGUCUCCCGUGCCAGAAAUCAUCAUCUGGCAUUUUAAGAAAGAUGGCACCAUCUACCACCCGCACUCUGCCAAAUGUCUGAGCGCUUAUCGUACGCCCGAGGGCCGCGCCGACGUAAAGAUGAGGACGUGUAAUCCAUCAGAUAAAAACCAACUCUGGCGGUUCGAAAAAUAGACCCAGUUCGCCGCCAAAUAUAUAAUUCCUGGCGAUAGAAAAGUUGGGGCCUCUUGAAAUAACUUUCGCCAAGAUUUCUAGAUGAAAACAAAGGAGGAAAAAAAAAAAGAUUUCUGGAUCGGUUGGUGAAAAAGUGCCUUUUCCCCCCAUAAAAUGAGAGGUUGGCAGAACGCAACGAAGCUUCGUACACAAAUGGAAGUGUGUUUGUUCUGCAUGGAUUACAACAAACGGGACCCUCCCGGGAACGGCUAAAUUCGAGGGAAUUUAGUUGUUGUGUUUUUAAGAUUUGCUAAAGAUUUGCACAAGGUUGCAAAAAGCUGGACUCAAAGCUUCAUUGGCAACUUUAAAAAGUGGGGACUUCAACUCCCAGAAUUCUGAUGUGUCUAGCUGAGGAAUUCUGGGAAUUGAAGUCCACACCUCUCAAAAGUUGUCCUGGUUGGGGAAAAACUAUAAAGAAUGAUGCUUUAAAAAAAUGUGCCGAAAUGAAAUUUAACGGAAUUAGGGAAUGCCUUGUUUUAAGACCGAGUUUUUAUUCCUUUGCUCAAUGCACCUUGCUCUUCAUUACAUUUUGUUUUUUAAACAAGUGUUUAACUCGUGUUUGGUUAAAUGGGUUUGCAUAAAUCGGGUAGUUUGGUUAAACUAGUGUUUAACUAGUUUUUUUGUUAAAUUGGGUAGAUUGGUUAAAUUGGUUAAACAAGUACAUUGGUUAAAUUGGUUAAACAGGUAUUUAGUGUUCGGUUAAAUUGGGUAGAUUGGUUAAAUUGGUUAAACCAGUAUUUAACUAGUGUUUGUUUAAAUUGGUUAAACAAUUGUGUAACUGGUGUUUUUAUAAACAGUAGUUAUAAAUAAGUUAAUAAAUAAGUAAAUAAGUUUUAACUGGUAUUUAGUUAAAUUGGGUAGAUUGGUUAAGUUGGUUAAACGAGUAAAUCACUUAAAUUGGUUAAAUAAGUGUUUAACUAGUCUUUGUUUGAAUUGGUCAAACAAGUGUUUAACUAGUGUUUUUAUAAACACUAGUUGUAAAUAAGUCUUUUAAUUGGUAUUUGGUUAAACUGGGGUGAUUGCUUAAAUUAGUUAAACAAGUAUUUAAUUAGGGCUUGGUUCAACUGCUUAGCCAAGUAUUUAGUGUGUUGCGUAAAUUGGUUGAUUGAGUGUUUAACUAGGGUUUGGUUAAAUUUGGGUAGAUUGGUUAAAUUGGUGAAACAACUGUUUAACCAGCCUUUUGUUCAGUUGGUUAAAUUGGUCAAGCAAGAACUUAAUGUUUGUGUAAAUUGGUUACACAAGUGUUUGGUGGAAGAUUGAGCUACUUUUUACACACUCCUUUUUUAAUAAGCACGACACUAGAGAUAAUUUGACAGCUCUAUGUGAGAGGAGGGGACAUCAAAAGCCAUAAAAGAUGGAUUAAUAUUUCAAAUCGAUUCGGGAAGGCAGGCAGAAAUAACCCCAAGUGUAACUGAGAUCGAAAGAACAAAAUAGCCAAGGAUUCCUCUUCGGCCCCGUGUUAAAAAGCCAGAAAAUAUCUGUGCUAAAUUUCAAACACUCCAGUUUGCAAAUUAUUAUUAUUAUUAUUGUGUGGGGAAAAAAAUGGGAUUAGCCAACUCUGCCUGUUUAGACAAUCAAUCCCUUUUUAAGGCAGAGUCUUAGCUACGUGGCAGAUCCGUGAGUAAGGAGCGGUAGUAACCGGCAAGGAGUUGUUUGCUCCCAACUCCCGUAACCUCAACCUACGCCCUAAAAAAACAGAAAGAAAGAAAGAAAGAAGGAAAUUGGGUGGCUAAUUCCAUUUGCCAAAUAUCCAAAUGCCCUCCAAAUCCAGGGACAGAGGGACAGCCAAAUGUUUCAAAGUUUUACAUUAAAAUAAAGGGAAUUUCACAGCUCAAUCUUGGUGGGGCAAAAAGAGAAACAGAAA